AACAUAAAAAAAAAAAAGUGCCAAUUACUUUACUUUUCUUAUCCGGCUCUUCUUCAAAUUAAUUUAUUCUUACCCAGACUACGAUAAAAAUCUACAAAAUGGCCAUUGGAUAAUAGAUAUCAGAUUCGCCUUUUAAUUUCAUUUUUUAGUUGAAAUGUUGUCGCAUCUGCAGCUCGAGAUUCGUCUCAGCGCGCUAUACGCAUCAUUGCUCUUUUUUUUUUUUUUUUUUUUUUUCAAUUUCCGCUGAUUGGUUAGAGACAUGGGAUUGCUUGGGAUUCUCAUUUUCAAGCUCCACUUGUUCUUGUUCUUGCUCUUCUCCUCAUCCUCCAUCAAGCAGUUAACCUCGUCAGUUGGACAACGCUGGAUCUGAGAUUACUGUUUUUGGCUCUUUUCUGUUCAGUAAGAUUGGGUGAAGAUGUCUUCCUCUAGGCCAAGCCACUCCUCAUCCAGCAAUUCUGUGAGAUCAAGACACAGUGCUAGGAUUAUUGCUCAGACCACUGUAGAUGCAAAGCUCCAUGCAGAUUUUGAAGAGUCAGGCAGUUCAUUUGACUACUCGAACUUGGUGCGUAUUACCAGUUCAGUUGGAGAUCAACCACCAAGGUCGGACAAAGUAACCAAAGCUUAUCUUCAUCAAAUCCAGAAAGGCAAGCUCAUCCAGCCUUUUGGCUGCUUGCUAGCCUUAGAUGAGAAAACUUUAAAAGUUAUCGCAUAUAGUGAGAAUGCCCCUGAAAUGUUGACCACAGUUAGUCAUGCAGUCCCAAGUGUUGGGGAUCACCCGGUUCUUGGAAUUGGAACUGACAUAAAGACUAUCUUCACUGCACCCAGUGCCUCUGCCUUGCAGAAAGCUCUGGGAUUUGGUGAUGUCUCUCUUUUGAAUCCAAUAUUAGUCCAUUGCAAAACUUCUGGGAAGCCCUUUUAUGCUAUUGUCCACCGGGUAACCGGUAGCUUAAUAAUUGACUUUGAACCAGUGAAGCCUUAUGAGGUCCCCAUGACAGCUGCUGGGGCCUUGCAGUCAUACAAGCUUGCAGCUAAAGCAAUUACACGGUUGCAGUCGUUGCCAAGUGGGAGCAUGGAAAGGCUUUGUGAUACAAUGGUUCAGGAGGUGUCUGAGCUUACUGGUUAUGAUAGGGUGAUGACCUAUAAAUUUCAUGAUGAUGACCAUGGGGAAGUUAUCGCUGAGAGUACAAAGCCUGGUUUGGAGCCAUAUUUGGGUCUGCAUUAUCCAGCCACUGAUAUCCCUCAGUCUGCACGGUUUCUAUUUAUGAAAAACAAGGUUCGAAUGAUUGUUGAUUGUCGUGCAAAACAUGUCAAGGUGCUUCAAGAUGAGAAGCUUUCAUUUGAUCUGACCUUAUGUGGUUCAACCCUAAGGGCCCCACACAGUUGCCAUUUACAAUAUAUGGAGAACAUGGACUCCAUUGCUUCACUGGUUAUGGCGGUUGUUAUCAAUGAGGGGGAUGAAGAUGAUGAUAGUCAUACUUCUGUGCAAUCACAAAAAAGAAAGAGACUUUGGGGUUUAGUUGUAUGCCACAAUACAACUUCAAGGUUUGUUCCAUUUCCUCUAAGGUAUGCUUGUGAGUUUCUAGUUCAAGUAUUUGCUAUCCAUGUCAGUAAGGAAUUGGAAUUAGAAAAUCAGAUUGUUGAAAAGAACAUCUUGCGAACCCAGACACUCUUAUGUGAUAUGUUGAUGAGGGAUGCACCCCUGGGUAUUGUGACACAGAGUGCUAACAUAAUGGACCUUGUGAAGUGUGAUGGGGCUGCACUAUUGUACAAGAACAAGAUAUGGAGGUUGGGAGUAACUCCAAGUGAUCGCCAAAUUCAAGAUAUAGCUGUAUGGCUAUCAGAGUACCACAUGGAUUCUACAGGUUUAAGUACAGAUAGCUUGUUCGAUGCAGGGUACCCAGGGGCUCUCACUCUUGGUGAUGUAGUUUGUGGAAUGGCAGCUGUGAGAAUAACUUCCAAGGACAUGCUAUUUUGGUUUCGGUCCCAAACUGCUGCAGAAAUUCGAUGGGGUGGAGCAAAACAUGAACCUGGUGAGAAGGAUGAUGGUAGGAAAAUGCACCCGAGAUCUUCCUUCAAGGCCUUCCUUGAAGUUGUCAAGACAAGGAGUUUGCCUUGGAAGGACUAUGAAAUGGACGCAAUUCAUUCUCUGCAGCUUAUACUGAGGAAUACUUUCAAGGAAACUGAAACAAUGGAUAUGGAUACCAAAACAAUUCAUUCGAGGCUCAAUGAUCUAAAAAUUGAAGGGAUACAAGAACUGGAAGCAGUAACUAGUGAGAUGGUUCGUUUAAUUGAAACUGCUACAGUGCCAAUUUUGGCAGUGGAUGUUGAUGGGCUUGUUAAUGGGUGGAAUACGAAAAUUGCUGAGUUGACAGGUCUUCCUGUUGAUAAAGCAAUUGGAAAGCAUUUACUGACACUUGUGGAAGAAAGUUCAAUUGACAUAGUAAAAAAAAUGUUGUUCUUGGCAUUGCAGGGCAAGGAGGAGCAGAACAUUCAAUUUGAGAUUAAAACACAUGGCUCCAAGGUUGAAGGUGGCCCAAUCAGCCUAGUUGUUAAUGCUUGUGCAAGCAGGGACAUUCAUGAAAGUGUUGUUGGGGUGUGUUUUGUGGCUCAAGAUGUCACAGGCGAGAAGAUAGUUAUGGACAAGUUCACCCGGAUUGAAGGCGAUUACAAAGCAAUUGUACAAAACCCAAACCCAUUGAUCCCCCCAAUAUUUGGCACAGAUGAAUUUGGCUGGUGCUCUGAGUGGAAUCCAGCUAUGACAAAAUUGACUGGAUGGAAGCGAGAAGAAGUAAUAGACAAAAUGCUUUUGGGGGAGGUUUUUGGGAUCAACAUGGCUUGUUGUCGUCUCAAGAAUAAAGAAGCCUUUGUAAAUCUUGGUAUUAUACUUAAUAAUGCCAUGACUGGCCAAGAUCCUGAGAAGGUUUCUUUCAUUUUCUUUGCUCGGAAUGGAAAGUAUGUGGAGUGCCUGCUAUGCAUGAGUAAGAAAUUGGACAGAGAGGGUGCUGUUACUGGGGUCUUUUGCUUCCUGCAACUUGCAAGCCUGGAGCUGCAACAGGCACUUCAUAUCCAGCGACUAUCAGAGCAAACUGCUUUGAAAAGAUUGAAAACAUUAGCCUAUCUAAAAAGGCAGAUCAGGAAUCCUCUAUCUGGGAUUAUAUUUUCUCAGAAAAUGAUGGAGGGCACUGAGUUGGAUGAAGAACAAAAGCAGCUUCUGCAAACUAGUGCCCAAUGUCAGCAUCAACUUGGCAAAAUUCUUGAUGACUCGGAUCUUGAUAGCGUUGUUGAAGGUUACUUGGAUCUGGAAAUGGUUGAGUUUACUCUGCAUGAGGUACUAGUUGCCUCCAUCAAUCAAGUCACAAUGAAGAGCAAAAGGAAGGGUAUUCAGGUAAUUCAUGAUGCAGCAGAAGAGAUCAUGACAGAAACCUUGUAUGGUGAUGGCAUUAGGCUUCAACAGGUGUUGGCUGACUUCUUAUCAGUGUCGCUUAACUAUACACCAACUGGAGGCCAGUUUACUGUUGCAGCAAGUUUGACCAAAGAUCAGUUAGGGCAAUCUGUUCAUCUUGUGCAUCUGGAACUCAGGAUAACACAUAGUGGUGGGAUACCUGAAGCAUUAUUAAAGGAAAUGUUUGGUAGUGAUAUUGAUGCUUCUGAUGAGGGCAUCAGCUUGCUUAUCAGCAGAAAACUGGUGAAGCUCAUGAGUGGAGAUGUACAGUACAUGAGGGAAGCAGGAAAGUCGAGUUUUAUCAUAUCAGCUGAACUUGCAGGUGGUCAUAAGCCAAAAGCCUGACUGACUUAGAAGUAAGACACACAAAACAAUCUGUUCUGUGUGGAGCCAGAAGAAAUAGGAGUGGGAUGCUGUCACUUGCUACGCUACCUAUUCUUCACUUGUUAAUUUUCUUAUCUAUAUAUUUGCCUUUCUCCCAAGUUGUAAAUAUUAAUGGCAAUUUCAUUAAUGUUUUAUGAACUUGGUUAAACUUUAACAAA